AUGGGAAUCAACAUUGCGAUCGAUCGAGGCGGAACCUUUACCGAUUGUGUUGGAAAUCCGGGGACAGGACGCCUCGAGGAUGAUAUUGUUAUCAAGCUACUCUCAGAAGACCCAACGAAUUACAAAGAUGCUCCGCUCGAAGGCAUCCGACGCAUCCUGUCAAAGGUCACACGCCGUGAUAUCCCCCGUGGGGAGCCGAUCGACACCUCGUUGAUCCAGAGCAUUCGGAUGGGUACCACUGUUGCUACCAACGCCCUGUUGGAACGCAAAGGGGAAAAGAUCGCUCUGGUGGUGACCAAGGGAUUCAAGGACUGCCUUCAGAUUGGAAACCAGUCUCGACCCCGAAUAUUUGAUCUGGCUAUCAAACGCCCCGACGUGCUAUAUGAAGAAGUCAUCGAGGUGGAUGAACGAGUCACCUUGGAGGAUUAUGCCGAGGACCCGCAUCGUAACACCACAGCUACGGUACCCCGGGAACAGACCAUUUCGAGUGCGGACGUGGUCCGUGGCCUUUCUUCCGAGGCAGUUCGCAUAUUAAAGUGUCCGUCCGAGGGCACCGUUAGAGCACAGCUGCAACAAGUCUACGACAAAGGAAUCCGGAGUAUCGCCGUGUGCCUCAUGCACGGGUAUACGUUUCCAGACCACGAAGCAUUAAUAGGAAAGCUUGCGGGGCAAAUUGGCUUCCAUCAUGUGAGCCUGAGCCAUGAGCUCAUGCCAAUGAUCAAGCUCAUUCCGCGCGCUACAUCAGCAUGUGCCGAUGCAUAUUUGACGCCAACCAUAAAGAAGUACAUUGCAGGGUUCCAAGAUGGGUUUGAAGGUGGCCUCGGGAGUGAGAGUGUCAAGCGAGAGCAAGGCACCCGAGGCGCACGCUGCGAAUUCAUGCAAUCAGAUGGUGGACUAGUGGAUGUGGACAAAUUUUCGGGGUUGCGGGCCAUUCUGUCCGGCCCCGCUGGUGGUGUAGUUGGCUAUGCGCUGACCUCAUACGAUCCCGCGUCGAGGAUCCCCGUGAUCGGGUUCGAUAUGGGAGGGACAAGCACAGAUGUCAGCCGGUACGGGUCUGGCCGGUAUGAACACGUCUUCGAGACGACCACAGCAGGAGUGACAAUCCAAUCUCCCCAGCUGGACAUAAAUACUGUCGCUGCAGGAGGUGGAUCCAGGCUUUUCUACCGCAAUGGACUGUUCGUUGUUGGUCCAGAAUCCGCUGGUGCAUACCCCGGGCCUGCGUCUUAUCGCAAGGAUGGGCCCUUAACUGUGACCGAUGCCAAUCUUUUUCUUGGUAGACUGGUCCCCGAUUUCUUUCCAAAGAUUUUUGGCGCAAAUGAAAACGAAGGGUUGGAUGAGCAAGCCAGCCGAAGGUUAUUCGAGAGACUGACCCAAGAAAUCAACAACGACAUGGACAAGGGGGAUUCCACUAGAGAAAUGACCCCGGACGAGGUCGCUUUUGGCUUUAUUCAGGUCGCUAACGAGACUAUGACCCGACCGAUUCGAUCUUUGACAGAGGCAAAGGGGCAUGAUACUUCGAAACACAGACUUGCUACUUUUGGAGGAGCCGGAGGACAACAUGCCGUGGCAAUCGCUGAGAGUCUGGGGAUCCGACAGAUCCUGAUCCAUCGGUAUUCUUCGGUGCUGUCUGCGUACGGCAUGGCGUUGGCGGAUGUAGUGGAUGAAUGCCAGGAGCCCGAAUCAAAGACAUGGACUGAUGAUAAAGGGGUUCAGCAAGAACUCGCAUUGAAAAUGGACGAGUUGAAAAAGAGGUCUACACGAAGGUUACAGGACCAGGGGUUUGAUGACAACUCGAUCAUCUUUGAAGAGUAUCUCAACAUGCGAUACCGGGGCACCGAAUCUUCCUUGAUGAUAUUGAAACCCAGCCGGGAAGAAAAUUCUUCCUAUGAUGAUGAAUGGGCGUUUGGAGAAGCUUUCGUGCGGCAACAUGAGCAAGAAUUCGGGUUUACCCUCCCUGAUCGAGACAUCAUCGUGGAUGAUGUACGGGUUCGGGGGAUCGGCAAGAGUUUCGAGACAUACGAAAAGACCGUGGACCAGCAGCUCCGAGAGGCAAAGCCCAACGAUGUGAUGGGUCGGGAAUAUCGCAAGUCUCGGGUAUACUUCGAAGGUGGUCGGCAUGAGACUCCCAUUUACAAACUGGACGAUCUGAAGAUCGACGACCGGGUGAGAGGACCAGCAAUUCUUGCCGACGACACCCAAACCAUCGUGGUAACACCGGCAGCUUCGGCACUCUUGACAAAGUCUCACGUUGUCAUCAACAUCGGCGAAUCCGACGCUAGCCCCCCUAAGAUCAGUACUGACACAGUGGAUCCCAUCUUGUUAAGCGUCUUCUCACACCGGUUCAUGGCAAUUGCAGAGCAAAUGGGCCGUGCAUUGCAGAAAACCAGUGUAAGCACGAACGUCAAGGAACGCCUCGACUAUUCGUGCGCAUUAUUUGACGCCGAGGGCGGGCUUGUGGCGAAUGCACCACACUUACCGGUUCAUCUGGGCAGCAUGUCCACCUGUGUACGGACGCAGGCUCAGAUCUGGCAAGGCAAACUGAAGCCUGGCGAUGUGAUAGUAUCAAACCAUCCAGAUUUCGGUGGGACCCACCUUCCCGACAUCACAGUCCUCCAGCCUGCUUUCAGCCAGGGCAAAAUCAUCUUUUAUGUCGCUUCAAGGGCACACCAUGCCGAUAUCGGAGGGAUUCUCCCCGGGUCCAUGCCACCCCAUUCCAAAGAGCUGUAUGAAGAGGGCGCAGCGAUCAAGAGCGAGAAACUGGUGUCAGAGGGCAAGUUCAAUGAAACGCGCAUCACCGAAUUGUUGUACAAUGAACCAGCCCAGUACCCCAAUUGCAGCGGAACUCGAUGUCUCGCGGACAAUUUGAAUGACCUCAAGGCCCAGAUCGCGGCAAAUAAAAAAGGAAUCAGCUUGAUUAGCAGUUUGAUCGAGGAGUAUGGCGAAGAGGUUGUUUUAUUUUAUAUGCGCCAAAUCCAGGAUAAUGCUGACGUGAGCGUGCGCAACUUGCUGAAAGAGGUCAGCAAGAAGUUUGCCGGCCGAGACUUGAGAGCUGUGGACUAUAUGGACGAUGGCAGCCCAAUCCAGCUGAAGAUCUCGAUCGACGAGGAAGAGGGCAAGGCGAUCUUUGAUUUUGAUGGAACGGGGCCAGAAGUAUAUGGAAAUGUCAACGCCCCGGAGGCAGUUACGUAUUCUGCAAUAAUCUACUGUCUGCGGUGUCUCAUAUCGGCGGACAUUCCGCUGAACCAAGGCUGCUUGAAACCCAUUGACGUUCGGAUCCCCUCAAACUGCCUUCUGUCCCCGUCUGAAACCGCGGCUGUGGUGGGCGGAAAUGUUCUCACGAGCCAACGUGUGACCGAUGUCAUCCUGAAAUGUUUCCAGGCCUGCGCGGCUUCACAGGGAGAUACCAACAACCUGACUUUUGGAUUUGGCGGGAAUUUGCUGGGAGAGACGGAAACAAAAGGAUUUGGUUACUAUGAGACCAUCGCCGGCGGGAGCGGAGCUGGACCGAGCUGGGAAGGCACCUCGGGAGUUCACACACAUAUGACCAACACCCGAAUCACGGACGCAGAGGUCUUCGAGCGGCGAUAUCCUGUGGUACUCCGAGAGUUUACUUUGCGAGCAAACUCCGGGGGCCGUGGACAGCACCGUGGCGGGGAUGGGGUCGUGCGAGAAAUCGAGUUCCGGAUCCCCGUGCAGGUCUCUAUUCUCUCCGAACGAAGAGUUUACCACCCGUAUGGGUUGGAGGGAGGCGAAGACGCCCAGUGUGGCCAGAAUAUUUGGGUUCGCCGCGUGCGAAAGUCUGACGGCAGCUGGGAGGAAAAGCGCAUCAAUUUGGGGGCAAAAAAUUCGGUCCGUAUGCAACCGGGAGAGCGGAUCAUCAUCAGGACCCCUGGAGGCGGAGGAUGGGGUUUGGCAGGAGACACCACUCAGCUUCUCCAAGAGCAAGAUGCUCGUCACACGUGGCGUGGUGGUUCCAUUGCUAACCACUUAGCAACUCAAGAGACGAGCAUGUAA